AUGGGACAUUCAAAGCCAGUUUACACACCUGUCGAAGAAAAGUUGAAGUUGUCAAGAGAAAAUGAUGGAAAAAGAGUAGACUUAACUCAAUAUAAAAGUUUGAUCGAAAGCCUGAGAUAUUUGACUGCGACAAGACCAGAUAUAGUUUAUGGAGUUGGAUUGCUCAGCAGAUUCAUGGAAGAACCAUGUGUUAGUCAUUGGCAAGGAGCUAAGAAGAUUCUUCGUUAUAUCAAAGGUACACUGACUGGUGGAAUUUUUUAUGCUAGUAAUAAUAAAGUGAAACUUGCUGGAUACACAGAUAGUGAUUGGGAUGGAGAUAUAGAAACAAGAAAAAGCACGUCAGGGUACGCAUUUCAUUUGGGCAUAGGUGCAAUUUCAUGGUCUUCGAAGAAACAACCCGUUGUUGCACUUUCUACUGCUGAAGCUGAAUAUAUUGCAGCAACCAAUUGUCCUACUCAAACCGUAUGGAUGAGACACUGA